AUGGCCGGGCCUCCGACGAGCUCGUGUGACGAGCCCGACGAGCGGAUGGCGCGGUUGACGCAGGCGGCGUACGUCUGGUGCGCGCCCGCCAUCUGCGCGCUCGGUCUGGCGGCGAACAUCGCCAACCUGACCGUGCUGCGCCGGCCGCCGCUGCGCGCGCUCACCGUCUACACGUACCUGCACUGGCUGUCGGUGUCCGACCUGCUGGGGCUCCUCUUCUCCACGCUGUUCGUGUACCUGCUGACACAGGAGACGCGCUUCGACCGUUGUGGCGCGUCGCUGUCGCUCGCCUUCUACGCAGCGCACCUUAACAAGCCACUGACGAACAUGUUCGUGUCGGCGAGCGUGUUCAUCACGCUCUGGCUGUCGGCCAACCGGCGCGAGGCGAUGAUGCGCCCGGCGGCUUACCACGCCACAGAGACGGCAGACCUGGCGUUCGUGCGCAUAGCCGGCUCGCUGGUGGUGGCGCUGGCCCUGUACGUGCCGAUGGUGUUCCAGUACGAGGUACAGCUGGACAGCACGCUAGGGACGUACGUGCUGCGCGAGGAGGAGUUCACUGCCACCAAGGGCUGGCUCGCAUACCAGUGGCUGCUGCAGGCGAGCGUGCGCCUGCUACCGUCCGCCAUCAUCGUCUUCAACAACGUGCUGGUGGCGCGCGGCCUGCUGGCUCAACGUAAUCGCCGUUCGCUGGUGCCGCUGUCGUCCGACCCGACGCCACCGGCUCGGGGCGCGUGGUGCCUCUGCUGCGCCCCCGCCAGCACGGAGCUGGGCCCCUGGCGGUGA